GGCUCUACCCUUCUGCUAAACCCCACCCGCCACAAAUUCUCUCGCAAUUCAUCGUCUCUAGGAAGGGCAGAUCCGUCCAGUCCACUCCACCCGCCUCUCCGUUUGCACCUUUCGGCAAAGAACCGCCAUGCCGGGCCUCGAUUGGGACCUGAACCUGGCCCCGGACUCCUACCUGCAGGCCGUGGCUAGGCAGCUCAGCUUCUCCCCCUCCCCCGCCUCACUUCUCCCGUCGAUCCCGGAAGGCUCCGAGGGGCAGGCACCGGAGACGCCCGUUGUUCUCACCUCGCAAUGCACCGCGCCUCCGUCGUCGCCGGUGACGCCGUCCGGAACGCUGUACCCGGCGCCGGGCCCGACGCCGCCGCCGCCGCCGCCUACCGGUGCGUCCUUCACGACGUCGCUAGCCUUUGCGCCCCGUGCGCCGUCGCGGUCUCAGCAGCCCCAGGAGGCGGUAGCAUCGGCGAGGAUGGCGGAAGCGGGGGCGUCGUUGGGGGAAUAUCAGCGGCAGCGUCAGGCGGCGUUGCAGCAGCAGCAGUUGCGGGCGUGGGAGGAGGCGGCGGCGCGAUCGCGGUCGCAGCAGCUGAGUCUGUUCACGGUGGAGGGGGGUCCCGCCGGGUACGAGACGAAGUGGGAGGAGCUGCACCCGGUGUCCCAGGGGCUUCUUCUCCAAAUCGAGGACAAAAUGAGGGAGUACAAAUAUGAGAGUGAGCUGUUGGAUCAGUGCAGUCACCUUCACGACCCAUCAUUGUAUAACAAGAGUUUUGAACUUGAUGCUAGUCAGACUACCCAGGAGGCUGGAUCUAUCUCCACCAUCAUACACGGAGAGAAGGUUUCCAUUAAGAGCUUAAUGGAUGUUGUCAAAGAAAUUAUGUGGAACACAGAUUUUGCUAUACGUUCAUAUGUAAAGCUGAGACCAAGAUUUGUCCAUCGAAGUGCUGAAAUUGCAAAUGCUGGUUAUGCAAAUCACUCCGGAUCUUCUGGUGCUCAUACUGAUUUCAGUCAGCUCUUGACCAUGGCACCAACCUUUCAUUGUUGUAGUGGUGCUCCAAGGCGGCCUUCUGCUUUUGUGCUACACACACUUGCCAGGUUCGAGGAUCAUCUUGGAGAAUGCUGCAAAUGGAUUCUAGAACUAGAACAGCUUGUUCAAGUGAAGAAUGAUAAAACAUUUGCAGAAUCUCUGUCAAAGGUUAUGUCUAAUGUGCAUGACUAUCUCAUCCAUGUGGCUUCUAAGGUGGAACAUAUUCAUCAAUAUGUUGAAAUAAUGAAGACUAAGUAUCUGAAUGAUCGGCGACGCAGGGGUGAUUCGAGUGAUCCUUAUCUUGAGGCAGAUAGAAGAGAGGCAGCUAAACAAGAACCAACUGCUAGAAUAGUCCAUCCGAUGUUGCAUCUAUCACCUCCAGACCAGCCAGCAACACCAGUUGCUGCACCAAUGAUAGCAAGCCAGCUACAGCAAACUUCAUUCCCCACUGUAGCAGCUUUUCCAAGCUCUUGUCCUACUCUUCUACUGCCUUCUGUUUUGCCUCCAUCCAGCACGCAAACAAGUCCUGCUCAAUCAACGAACCCUUUCAGUUCAUCCUGGUCUGUGUUGCAGUCCACACCAUUUGGUUCAGCCUCCACACUUACACUAGGAUCCACGCCGGCAACAUUCAUGUGCAGGACUAGCAUCCCAUCUUCUGCUACUUCACUUUUCCCAGCAUCAUCUGGAGGUGGAACAGCAGCUUCAGGCAUCACCAGGCGAGGGACAAAGCCACCCAGAAGAAGGAGCUAGCUGUGUAUCUCAUCCUCUUCUUGGAGAUCAUAGCUGUGCACUGCUCUCUUAUGGCUCGUGGGCGGCAACCACAUGAGAUAAUCUUGUGACCUGGACUGGAGCUGGGGAAGCAGCGAAGAAGCAUCACCCCGGCAACCACUUGGGACGGGUCAACAUUAGGCUUCCCUUGCUUUAGCUGUAGGAAAAACGUGCAUAAUGGUGCUUAAACUAGUGGAAGUGUGCUUUCAGGUCGUUGUCUCGAAGUGGAACAGGUUCUGGGUAGGUUCUGGUGCUUAAACUAGUGAUCUGUUCUUUUUUAAAAAAAUGAAUCAGGAGAGUUAUCGAUUGUAUUGAUAAAGAAGA